UUUUCUGACACAUCGCUUCUUGAUUGGGCUCCGAGGCGUCUCAGCACAAUUAAACCCACUUUCCAGCGGGAGACCAUCCGUCCGUCCUCCCAGCUCAGGACGAGCUGAGCCCUUUCCACACAUAUCCGGAGAGAUCACCGUCCAGCGUCUCACAGCGCGGGGCAUUUUGAAGGCGGUGGACAUUUCUGUGAAGUAGAUGGUGUAAAUGGCGAGCUGCCGCGCCUCAUUCUCCAUUCACAACAUCUUAAGUGCAGAGCUCGAUUCUCCGAGGGGUCUUCAGCUGUCCCGGGAGUACACUGCCGACGACAUCUCCAGUCCCGAGCUCCUGGGGAAGGCAGGCGGAAUGAGCUGUGCUCAGGACAGGAAUGAGGAGGAAAGCAGGAAUAGCAGGAUUGUCCCCUGCCUGCUUGAUGCUGAUACAUCAUCUGACCGACAGUCCUAUGAAGAGGAAUCUAUAGGAGAAGAGUGCUCGCGUGCAGACAGCCAGCAGGAGCUCGAGCUUCGCCUGCCGGACACUGACGGAGAGAAAGUGGACAGCUGUAAUUUCUCGCCUCACCCUCCUAAAUCGGGCAAGAAAAGGUCUCGAGCCGCCUUCUCGCACGCGCAGGUCUGCGAGCUGGAGCGGCGCUUUCACGUGCAGCGCUACCUGUCCGGGCCCGAGCGCGCGGAUCUAGCAGGGGCCCUCAAACUGACCGAGACGCAGGUGAAGAUCUGGUUCCAGAACAGGAGGUACAAAACCAAGCGGCGGCAAAUGGCAGCCGAGCUGGCGGCGACCUCCACGGGCGCGCUGGCCAAGAGAGUGGCUGUGAGAGUGCUGGUGAAGGACGACCAGAGGCAGUACAGAGCCGAGGACCUGCACUCCCCGCACGCGCUGCCCUUCUACCAGUCCUACCAGUACUGCCCUUACAUGUACUGCAUCCAGCCCUGGCCGUCCAGCAGAUCCCUGAACGGGGGGCUAUACUGACAGCGCCAGCUCAGUGACACUGACUGCCAGACAGUCUUUCAUUAGGCCUACUGCAGUAGACACAGCGCGGUGUGGGGCAGUGUGUCCACUUGUGUGUGCUGAACCGUCGGGAAUAUCUAAAAGAAACACUCGCCUUGGGCCAUGACUUUUAUUCUGAAAAAAACACUAAAAAUUCAAUCUAACCGUAUUUCAGAGAUACAAGUAAGUGCCUAAACUCUUUCUUUGGUACGAGUAAUUGUUGUGAUAGCACGUAGGCCCUCUGAUUUAUUUCUGGUGUGAACGCGUUAAAGGUGCUCUGUCAUGUCAAACGGUUUGAACUGCACACUGCACACUGACGGAGAGACCACUGGGUCAAACUUGGCUUUGAAGCACUGACCAAUAAAUUAAAGGAGAAAGUCAAUGUCAAAUGUGACUCUGCAAGAUUUAAAUAUGAGAAUCGUGUAUUUUUUAUUUUAUUUUUUAUUUUUUGCAAAUGUUCAUUUGAAGCGAACUUUUGGGUGAGAAUGGUCAAAUAAAUUGUGGACGAUGCUGAUUCUAGAAAAGUGCAGCGUUUUGGAAUAACCACAAGAUAUAGGCUCGCAAGGACGUUAUAAAAGCUCAGUGGCUGUGGAUUAACACUUUUAAAAUGGUUUCGUCUGAAGUGUUUGUUGUGCCACCGCCAACGGCUGAAGCAUAAAUGAAUCCAGUCAGAGUAAUAACCCACUCAUCCAUUAACGCGAAGAUGUUGUUAGCAUUAAAAUAAUAAUUGCCAUAAUUUGAUAUGAGCGGUUACAAAUGACAGUGAAAACGAAGCUCAUACUAACUCUUUUUAGUUUGCUUCAUAGUUUAAAUACCGUAUGUAACUGAAAC